ACGGAAACCUCCAGGUGAAGCGGAGAUGGACCAGCCCUGAGUGGAAGGCACAGCUCCAGGAAGCCAGCUGUCACUUACUUCGCGACUCGGAGCUCCUCUUGGUGCUGACAUGAUGACAGUGUGCAGCCCGGCCAAGGGCAGCCGCAGCCAGACCGAAAACCUGAGCUACAAAUUGGCUGACAAGGUCAAGGUGGAAGGUCCAAAGGCUGGGGAAGACCCUCGAAGGCUGCCAAUUAGGUCCCCCAUUCCUUUGCCAGAGACUGAUCAGGAUUCACCCCCUAGAAGAAGCUCACUGGAAAGUCUCAGUAACCUGAUGCUAGAGUCAAGAGUGAACUGUCUUCAGCAGAACAUGUUCAGCUCAGAUAUGAUCAUCAGCGACCCAGCUUCAGGUCUCAGUGCUAAAGAAGCCAGCAAGGCAGGCAAGAGGCAGCUCAGCGGUGUUCAGAACCCCUGUCCUCCUGCCCAGGGAGGGGCCCUGCACAAGCCCCUCAGCAUAAAGGACAAGAUAUCCAAAUGGGAAGGGAAAAAGGAGUUGCCCACCCCUGCACCCUGCAGGAGAGCAGAUGGGCAAGAGGACUACCUGAUGUCUUGUGUGAUGGGGAGGAGGAGCAGUGAUGGUGUGAGAACGUGGGUCACGGAGGUGCAGGAUGGAACCAGGCCUGAGACAGAGAGCAAGGAGAAUGAGAGGAAUAAAGGGGUCAUGAAAGUCGGGGGACAAGAUGCAGAGCCAAGGCAAGACCUCAGCCAGCCAGCCAGGCAGCUGGCUCCCAGCUUGGGCAGAGGCCGAGAGCCCAGGCUGGGCAAACAGCGCUUUCCGAAUGACAGCCUCUCCGUGCUGAGGCAGGUCAAGAAACUGGAGCAGGCUCUGAAGGAUGGGUCGGCGGGGCUGGAUCCCCAGUUACCUGGGACUUGUUACUCCCCACACUGCCUGCCGGACAAGGCUGAGGAGGGGCCCACCCUCCCUGAGAACCGUGGGGCCGGGCGUGGCUUGGAAUUCAGGUCCCACCACUGGGACCUGGAGGCCAGGGACCCCACCCCUGAGGCUGCAGAGGAAAGGAAAGGCUUGUGCAGGAGACCCUGCGACCAGAGCCUGGAGGGUGUGGACAGGGGCUCAGAGGGCUCCCCUGCAAAACCCUUCAUCAACCCCCUGCCCAAGCCCCGGAGAACGUUUAAACACGAUGGAGAAGGGGACAAGGACGGGAACCCAGGCAUCAGCUUCCGGAAGGAUAAAAGACACCUGCCUCCUCUGCCUUCUCUACCUCCCCCGCCCCUGCCCUCCUCGCCCCCGCCCUCCUCUGUGAGCAGAAGACUGUGGACCGGGAGGCCGAAACCCAGUGCUGACCACAGAAAGUCCUAUGAGUUUGAAGACUUACUGCAGUCUUCCUCUGAGAACUGCAGGGUGGACUGGUACGCACAGACCAAGCUGGGGCUCACACGCACUUUAUCCGAGGAGAACGUCUACGAAGACAUUCUAGAUCCGCCAAUGAAGGAAAACCCUUAUGAGGACGUUGAGUUACAUGGUCGCUGCCUGGGAAAGAAAUGCGUCUUGACCUUUCCUGGUUCUCCCACUUCUUCCAUUCCUGACACAUCGUCUAAGCAGUCAUUGGCCAAACCGGCUUUUUUCCGGCAAAAUUCAGAGAGGAGGAACUGCAAGCUGCUGGACACCAGGAAGCUGAGUCGGGAUGGAUACGGGUCCCCUUCCAAAAUCAGCCCCCCCUCCACUCCCAGCAGCCCUGAUGACACUUUCUUUAACCUUGGAGACCUGCAGAAUGGCAGGAAGAAGAAAAAGAUACCCAAGCUGGUGUUGCGAAUCAAUGCCAUUUAUGAGGCCCGGAGAGGAAAGAAACGCGUGAAGAGGCUGUCCCAGUCAACGGAGAGCAACUCAGGAAAAGUGACAGAUGAGAACAGUGAGUCUGACAGUGACACGGAAGAGAAGCUGAAAGCUCACAGCCAGCGCCUGGUCAAUGUGAAGUCCCGCCUGAAGCACGCUCCCAGAUACCCCUCCCUGGACCGGGAGCUCACGGAGUACCAGCAGAGGCAGCUGUUCGAGUACUUUGUGGUCGUGUCCCUGCACAAGAAGCAGGCCGGGGCUGCGUAUGUGCCAGAGCUCACCCAGCAGUUCCCGCUCAAGUUGGAAAGGUCUUUCAAGUUCAUGAGAGAGGCUGAGGACCAGCUGAAGGCCAUCCCUCAGUUCUGCUUCCCCGAUGCCAAGGAUUGGGCUCCCGUCCAGCAAUUUACCAGCGAAACCUUCUCAUUUGUCUUAACUGGAGAAGAUGGGAGCAGACGGUUCGGUUACUGCCGACGACUACUGCCUGGUGGCAAAGGGAAGCGUCUCCCUGAAGUUUACUGCAUCGUGAGCCGCCUGGGAUGCUUCAGCCUCUUUUCAAAGAUCUUGGAUGAGGUGGAAAAACGGCGAGGCAUCUCUCCUGCCCUGGUACAGCCCCUCAUGAGGAGUGUCAUGGAGGCCCCUUUCCCAGCACUGGGAAAAACCAUCGUUGUCAAGAACUUCUUGCCAGGAUCGGGAACUGAAGUGAUUGAACUGUGCCGCCCGCUGGACUCCCGGCUCGAGCACGUGGACUUUGAGUCUCUCUUCUCCUCUCUCAGUGUCCGCCACCUGCUCUGUGUUUUUGCCUCCCUGCUUCUGGAAAGGAGGGUCAUCUUCAUCGCAGACAAGCUCAGCACGCUGUCCAAGUGCUGCCACGCCAUGGUGGCCGUCAUCUACCCCUUCACCUGGCAGCACACCUACAUCCCCGUGCUGCCGCCUGCCAUGAUCGACAUCGUGUGCUCGCCGACCCCCUUCCUUAUCGGCCUGCUCACCAGCUCGCUGCCGCUGCUCCGGGAGCUGCCGCUGGAGGAGGUCCUUGUGGUCGACCUCGUCAACAAUCGGUUCCUCAGACAGAUGGAUGAUGAGGAUUCCAUCCUCCCCAGGAAGCUUCAGGUGGCCCUAGAGCACAUUCUGGAGCAGAGGAAUGACCUGGCGAGUGACCAGGACGAUGGGCCCCCGGACUGCAAGUACGGCCCCGAGUCCAGCCCCUUGAACGAGGUGGUGUCCGAAGCCUUUGUCCGCUUCUUCGUGGAGAUCGUGGGCCACUACUCCCUGUUCCUGACAGCAGGAGAGCGCGAGGAGAGGACCUUGCAGCGAGAGGCCUUCCGCAAAGCCGUCUCCUCCAAGAGCCUCCGCCGCUUCCUGGAGGUUUUCAUGGAGACCCAGACCUUUCGGGGCUUCAUCCAGGAGCGGGAGCUGCGCCGGCAGGAUGCCAAAGGUUUGUUUGAGGUCCGAGCCCAAGAGUACCUGGAAACACUCCCCAGUGGAGAACACAGUGGUGUCAAUAAGUUCCUGAAGGGACUCGGCAAUAAAAUGAAGUUUCUCCACAAGAAAUAACCUUCAGCUCAGCUUCAAGGGAAAACUUCUUCCUAGUUAAAUCCACAUUUUUAAAAAACAGUUCCUGGUGGCCUUUCUGAAACGCUGGGUCCUGGGUGUCACAGGUGCGGGAUAAAGGCCAGGAUGGCUUCUGGCUACCCGAGGGCCUCCCCAGGACCCAGGGCCCAGCAGGUGCUGCUCCUUCAGAACAGCCCUGGGAAGGAGACCUGAGACCAGGCAUGGCACAACAUUAAAAUGGAUGGUUUGCGUUGUUGGGUUUGGGAUUUUUUAUAUUUUUACUCUUAGGUAUUAAAAGAAAGAAAAGUGUUUGGGUUUUCUUUUUAUUAUGCCAGAGCUAAGAAAACUCUGGUGCCUUGUGCCGUGGUGCCCUGGUUCAUCCUGCCUGGCAGCUGGGCUCUGAGGCCAAGAGGAGACGAGGAAGAGGAGGGCAGGAGCAGUGACCAGGGACGGGGAAGCAAGGCGCCCCUCUGGGUAGGGCCGGGGACAGAGGCAGGUGUUAGAGGAGGGCAGUGGCAGCCUUACAACCCUCGUGCUCACAGGUGUUGGGGCACGAGUCCUCUUGAGGAAUCGGCGUGUCUGUGGAAUGGGGCCCUCUCCAGCCUGAAGGAAGAGGGGGAACGGCAGAGGCGUUUGGCUUCAAGGGCUGAGCUGCACUUCCAGGCCGGCCAGGGACGCCACCUGGUGGCCGAGGCCGUUUGUCGUGCUGUCCACUCCUCUCCGGGCCCCAGUAGACCGGACACUUCCAGUUGGCUUUUCCUCUUCAAAGCCAUAGAACCAUCCGCUGCCCAAGCAGUCCAUGACGCUUAGAGGGACACACAAAAGAGAUCUCCUCAUACGAUCUGUUAAUAAAAUAUUCUUGGGGUCCAUGUAAGCUGAAGCUUUGACCCUAUUCCCGUUUAUAUUGUAGGGAAUGUUUCCCCUCUCGUUGUAGGCGCCCAGAUCUGCAUAAAUGGAGGGGCUUCUGGUAUUGACGUUUACAAGACGGGUCAUCAGAACUUUGGGGCUUAGCUUCGUCAGACUCCUGCGCCGGCUAGUCGGCUUGCCCUUUCGGGACCAGGAGCAGAGAGGUGGGAGCAGAGGCUGUACCCCAAGUCCUGUCCUGCAAGGGCACAGCGAGGAUGUGGGAAGAGAAAGUGAGCAGCACUGGCAAGUUCUCAGGCAGGCCUCAGGGCCGCCACUGUGGCCCACCGACCCGCUGCUUGCUGACCCCUCUGGAUGGUACCAGAGUCCCGACAAAAACAUACUAAAGGGAUGUGCCCUGACCUUGGCAAUGGCCCAAGGAGUUGUGCCACUUGGCACAGGUUCUCACCUUUAGGGAGUUGGGAGCAAGGAGUCGUCUAAGGGAAAAAAAAAAAAAAAAAAAAAAAAAGAGGAAAACGAAAUGAUUGAUCUCUGUCUACAUUAGAGGUUCUUAACUCGAGUCUUGGAUGACCCCCUUCCAUCUGGAAGUUACAGCCAAGAUUUGGUGUGUCCAUUUGGUUUUUAGGAGAGAGGAUCCGCAGUUUAUAUCAGAUUCUCAAAGGGGUGCAAGGGCGGAACCAGGCUAUGCAGCACAGUUAGCCUGGGUAGGUAUGUGUGGUUGGCGUUGCGGGGGGAGACGGAAAGGGAAUUGAGUGUUGGGGGCUCAGGAAUUUGUACCUAAGAAGCUCCUCGGAUUAGUUAAUUUUAUGAAUACCAGUAUUCUGCCCAGAGAUGAUCACUUUUAAUAUUUUGGAAUAUACCUUCUUUUCUAACUUAUUUCAUAUUGUUUACUUACCACCUCCAAGUGAAUAAAUACGCAUCUUUGUCAACA